AUGGAGGUCUGGACCGGGGAGCUCGGCGGCUGCCCGGCGCUCGGCUGUCGGUGCCCGCCGGAGGAGCACGGCGCGAUGCUCAGGGCCGCCCUGGGUCACGGGGCCGCCACGCUGAGCCUGGGCCCGGGCUCGGCCACGCUGCGGCUGCCGGAGGAGCCGCGGUGCCCAGCCCUGGCCCUCGCCCAGCUGCCCGCCGCCGAGGCGCGUAGCCAGCUGCAGGCGCUGGUCUUCGGCAUGGCCGGCUGCAUCGAGAGCCUGGAGAGGCGCCUGGAAGCAGUGGGGACAUUAUCGACAUCUUCCUGCAGCCCUGGGAAGAAUGCUGCCCAGAGCCAGCAGCUCUUCUUGCCAGACCCCAACCCCAGGAGGAGCAGGGCUUCUGGCUCAGCUUUGACAGCCAAAAGGAAAGUCCCUGGGGAAUCUCUCAUUAAUCCUGGUUUCAAAAGCAAGAAGGUGUCAUCUGGAGUGAAUUUUGAGGACUCCUGAUGGGUGCUGUCCUGUGCCCUGAUGACAGCCCUAUGGACCUCUAUGUCAGAAUGAGGAGCUGUCCCUGUUGUUCCGGACCUGCUGAGCUCCUCGACCAGGGAGACAACAGAGCCCAGCAGUACCUGGCAGCCAGCCCUCAGCUGGGGUGGUGGCAGGGCCUUUGGGAGUAAUAGAUGGAGCAGAGGGGACACCAGCAUGGUGGGUUUUUCCUCUGCAGCUCUUCAUCGCUUGCAGGGACCAGCUCCUGACCUCACUUACCAUGAACUGGUAGAAUUUGGAUAGAGGCUUUGAUACCAUGGAAUGGAAAGAUCACUUGUGCUUUGCUUCUUGCCAGUAAAGGUGUUUUUAGCCAA